ACCUCGGGCGCGGUGCAUCGUGGGAAAACCACCAUAUUAGGCGGAAAGUCGAGUUAACCCACACGCGGCUGUUCUUUCGGCACAAUUAUUAACCUGAAAUGGCCCGAUCGUGUUGUGUGAGAGGCUGCCAGUCCCGGCAUGGCAGAUCGGGGGACGAAGGAAUCCGUUUUUUUCCGUUUUCCAACCUGGAAACGAUCACACGGACCUCAAUUGGAGGAAAUAACAAAGAGACGUCGCAUGGCCUGGCUUUCAGCAGUGAGGAGAAAGGAUCUCAUUUUCAACAAAACAUUCCCCCACAUGUGUGUUUGUUCUCGGCACUUUCAUAAAGGUGAGCCAGCUUAUGAGAUGAUGGAGAGUGACCCAGACUGGGCCCCAUCCUUACAUCUUGGACACACGUUUAUCAAACCAACAGACCCUGGUCGCUCUGCCAGACGAAGGGCACGGGAGCAGACACGGAAACAGACCCUUCAGUCAGCAGAGACAGGCAUACACCAGGAUGUAAACACUGACGGGCUACAGACCGAGGAGACAUGUGAUGCUGAAGAAGGAAAUGGUCAGCUGGAGGUUGGAAAGGAUGGAGAAAAAAACCCUCAGCAGGAGAUCAGAGAGGAUGGAGAAGAAAACCAAGAACACCCUCAGCAGGCGAUUGGAGAAGAAAACCCUCAGCUGAUCACAAACAAGGAGGUGCAGAACCCCACUGAAACUGUGACUCAGCCUGAAUGUGACCUGUGUGUGCUCAGGCGUGCAGAGGUCAACCGCCUGACAGAAGAGAAUAUAGAACUGCGACGCAAACUUAAUGAGAACAUGAUAUCCGAUAGUUUCUUUGGAGCUGAUGAUGAAAAAGUAAAGUAUUACACUGGUCUGCCAAACCUUGCAACCUUCCUGGCGGUCUUUAAUUUUUUAUUGCCACUCAUGUCAUAUCAAAAGAAAUGUCUUACUCCUUUUCAGAUGCUCCUAUUCACACUCAUGCGCUUAAGAUUGGAUUUGCCUCUGCAGCACCUUGCUUAUCUGUUUCAUAUUUCUCCUAGGACUGCACAAAGAACAUUUCAUGAUAUGGUUUCAUGUCUUUAUGCAAAUUUGAGGUGUGCUAUUAUAUGGCCAGACAGAGACACUCUCCGCAAAGUAAUGCCACAUCAGUUCAAGGAGGCCUUUGGAAACAGAGUAGCAGUGAUUAUUGACUGCUUUGAGAUAUUUACAGAAAAACCAUCAAACCUAAAAGCGCGUGCCCAAAUGUUCUCCAGCUACAAGCACAAUCACACCAUGAAAUAUUUAAUAGGUGUGACACCCAAAGGAGCCAUUUGUUUUUUGUCCAAAGGCUGGGGAGGUCGUACAAGCGACAAACACAUCACGCUGAACAGUGGCUUCCUUGACAAUUUGUUGCCUGGGGACCUGGUCUUGGCUGACAGAGGUUUUGACAUACAGGAGUGUGUGGGCAUGCUGUGUGCUGAAGUUAAACUCCCAGCAUUCACCAAAGGCCACUGUCAGAUCAGAGCUGUCUGUCAGCGGUGCUCGUUGUGCAUCACGUGUGAAGAAGUGGCUGACCAGUUCAGGGAGACACACACGCUCAAAGAACUGCUGUGCCUUUUCAAGGAGUGCAUUCCACAGCUUGGGGUCAGGUGCCACACGUAA